AUGUCCUUCACCGAUUUCUCUAAGGCUGAUACUUUGAAGCAAUUGAACACUCUCUUGAACGAGAAGUCCUACGUUGCUGGUACUGAGGCUACCCAAGCUGAUGUUACUACCUACAAGGCUUUCCAAAAGGAGUACCCAGCUUUGACCAGAUGGUUGAACCACAUUGCCUCAUUCUCUGAGGACUUCGAGUCCUUGCCAGCUGGUGAGGCUCCAGCUGCUGCUGCUGCUGCUGCUGAGGAGGAUGACGAUGAUGUUGACCUCUUCGGUUCCGACGAUGAUGAAGUUGAUGAGGAGGCUGAGAAGUUGAAACAACAAAGAUUGGCUGAGUACGCUGCUAAGAAGGCUGCUAAGGGUCCAAAGCCAGCUGCUAAGUCCAUCGUCACUUUGGAUGUUAAGCCAUGGGAUGACGAGACUGAUUUGGAAGAGUUGUUGGCCAACGUCAAGGCUAUCGAGAUGGAUGGUUUGACCUGGGGUGCUCACCAAUGGAUUCCAGUUGGUUUCGGUAUCAAGAAGUUGCAAAUCAACCUUGUCAUUGAGGAUGCUAAGAUCUCUUUGGAUGAGUUGCAACAGCAAAUUGAGGAGGAUGAGGACCACGUCCAAUCCACCGAUAUUGCCGCUAUGCAAAAGUUGUAAGCAGGUCUUCCCCUUUGAUCUUUUGUCUGUAUUAUCUCUCUUUAUUGUUGUUUAAAGGGUUAUAAUAUAUACCUUUUAUCUAAUGUACUUAUUCAAGGUUAUGUUAUGAAGAAUAUGGCAUUAAUGUAUUAUGAAUUCUUAAAAUAUGUACACUGUAUGUUUUUUGUUGCUCGUGUCGUAUAGAAUGACUAUUAAUAUUUUCACACAACGAG